AUGGAUACCAAGACGUCCGCCUAUCAUCUAACCCAUCACCACCAUCAUUUACACCAGCAGACGAAGAAACAAACUUCAGCCGCAGCAGUCAUCGUCCGGUCUCGUCCAGUGCAGUUCGCACAAACGUUGGCCAGGGUUUUUCGUAUCGGGCGCAAGGAGAAGAUAUCAAAAAAAGCCGCCAACAAGAUAGCAGCAGCUAAAUCGUCCUCCACCGCCGCGUUCCACCACCAAUCGCAGCAACAAAUCGUCGUCAUGCCGCCACCUCCGACUAUGCAGACGGCCACACCACCGCCACCAUCAACUCAGGCCACCCAGACGUCCCAGGUGGUGCAAGUCAACGGCGGUGGUCAGUCUUUGACCGCCGACAAGAUCGUCAACAUGAUGCCAGUGACGAAACGCAAUCCAAAGGAUUACAUUUUCGGAAAGGUCAUUGGCGAGGGCAGUUACUCGACUGUGUAUUUGGCCAAAGACAUACAUACAAAUCGCGAACAUGCAAUUAAAGUCUGCGAAAAACAACAAAUCAUCAGGGAAAAGAAACGCGAACAAGUACGUCGUGAAAAGGACGCUCUUAACAUUCUCAGCAAUUCAGGAUCCAGUCUUUUCGUCAAGCUGUACUGCACGUUCCAAGACACCGAACGACUCUAUUUUGUUAUGUCAUACGCAAAAAACGGUGACUUGCUACCGUACAUAAAUAAAGUGGGCUCGUUCGACGCUGCCUGCACUCGAUUUUACUCGGGCGAAAUCCUCCGCGCCCUGGAGCACCUACACGAUCUAAACAUUAUGCAUAGGGACCUGAAGCCGGAAAACAUACUGCUUGACCACAAUAUGCACAUCAAGGUGGCCGAUUUCGGGUGUUCGAAAAUACUCGAACAGCCCGAAGCUGUGGACAACACAACUAUUUUGGACGAAAACAAUCCCCGGCAGCGGACCAACAGUUUUGUCGGAACUGCCCAAUACGUCAGUCCCGAACUGUUGACCGAGAAAACGAUUUCGCCAAGUUCUGAUCUUUGGGCCCUCGGCUGUAUUAUCUAUCAAAUGAUUGCCGGUUUACCUCCCUUUCGAUCUAGGAGUGAAUACAUGUUGUUCAAGAAAAUUCUGAACCUCGACUAUGUGUAUCCGGACGGAUUCAAUGCAGAUGCCAAAGAUCUGGUUCAGAAACUUUUGGUGCUUGAUCCAAACGAACGCCUGGGCACCAUGGAUGACCAACGGUACACUUCAAUCCGCUCACACCCGUUCUACAAUGGCUUGGAUUUUGACACGCUGCAUGUAACAAAUCCACCACCUAUAUACCCUUACCUACCUGGAAAUAGCGAAGGCCAAGAGCUUCGUAGUCAAUACCGAGUUCCUGAUCAUUUGGAACCGGGCCUGGACGACAAACAACUCACCCGGUUACUAGGUCUGGAUGGCCAAAGCAGUUCCACGACCACCCCAGCACCUGUACCUAGACCGCGCAAACGAUCCGGCAUUCUUCAUAUGAAUGACGAAGAGAAGCAACACCAACUGAACCAGCAAAAAUGUAACAGUAAAUGGCAUGGUUUAGUAGAGGGAAAUCUGAUUGUCAAACAAGGAUUGGUCGACAAGCGAAAAGGUCUUUUUGCCAGAAGACGUAUGUUGAUGUUAACGAUGGGUCCACAUUUGUAUUAUGCCGAUCCAGUAUCUAUGACUUUAAAAGGAGAAAUACCUUGGAGUCCACAAUUGCGUGUGGAACCUAAAAAUUUCAGGAUAUUUUUUGUUCAUACGCCCAACAGGACUUAUUACCUAGAAGAUCCCGAAGGUUUUGCUUUGGAAUGGUGUAAAGCAAUUGAAGAAAUGAGAGUUAACACGUACGGUGUAUCUCCUACGACGUGCACAUAA